AAAACUCACCACCCUCACCGGAAACAGUAACCGAAACGUCAUCGCACUCAGCCGCUGCUGUCACUGCGCCGUUGCGUUCUUUUUCCGGUAAACUUGGUUGCUGUCGAACACAUUUCGGUGCUAGCAGCGUAAAGUUUUUCCCUCUUUCGUCCACAAUGGUCAAUCUACGCCAGAGAAAGAAGACCAGGAAGCUACGUGGUCACGUCAGCCACGGUCAUGGUCGUAUCGGCAAGCACCGUAAGCACCCUGGUGGUCGCGGUAACGCUGGUGGCAUGCACCAUCACCGCAUCAACUUCGACAAAUACCACCCUGGAUACUUCGGCAAGGUCGGUAUGAGGAACUUCCACUUGAACCGCAACCACAAGUACUGCCCCACGAUCAACCUGACCAAGCUGUGGUCGCUGGUCGGCGAGGACAAGCGCAUCGAGUGCAAGAAGGACCAGACCAAAGUGCCAGUGGUCGACCUAGUGAAAUUCGGUUACUUCAAGUUGCUCGGCACGGGACACAUCCCCAAGCAGCCCAUCAUCGUAAAGGCCAAGUUCUUCUCCCGCAAGGCCGAGAACAAGAUUAAGAUGGCUGGCGGUGCCUGCAUCCUGAGGGCGUAAAUGUGAAAACAAAACGUCGUAACACAUUCUUUUUAUUAAGGCAGUAAGGAAGUAAACACGAGAGGAAAAUACAGAUAAUCGGUUGAAAAUUAA